GAUAACUCUCCUAAUACUCACUCUGGGGGCCCUUGAAUAUUGUAAAUUCAAGUGGUUUCUUCUUCCAGCUCUUCCACUAUUAGGAGAGGUGGCUUUCCUUUGUCACAAUUUCCCUAUUUUCCCUUCUCCAAUGCACAUCUGGGGAUUCUGCUAUGGCACCUACAGAACUCUGUAUCUUAUGAAAACCAGCACUUUUGCAAAUACCGCUUGCCUUAUUGUAAGACCUUCAAAGGCAUUUGGACAAGUGGUGGCUUCUCCUGUAUGUUGCAUUUUUAAGCAAAGACAACUUCAGGUCCAAUGACGGUAUCUCCUGAAGGGCUCUGCAAUUGGAAGUCUGUAAGUCAAAUGCUCCUGUAUGCUCUCCUCAUCGUGUGGCACUUGUUAAAAAAGAACCAGCCCUCCUCCUUUUGGGAGGUGGGCAAGCUCAUUUCAAUCAAGAAAUGUACUUUGGUUUUUUAAAACACACGUCACUCUUCUCAUCUUAUUUCAUCUAGGAGGCUGUGGAAGCAAAUGCUAAGGUUUAAAAAAAAAAACACGCACAUCCACUGUCUGUAAAAUUGGAGAGAGCCCUCCUUAUGUUAAAAGUGGCAUUUUGAACAACACCUGAAGCACUGAUUGUGGAUGAGCCAGGGGAGAAAUGUUGUCAUCAAACCUCCCUCCUUUCAACCUUCACUUCCACCUCUAAGAGCUGUUGGCACUGGGGAAAUAGAUUUAGGUGUGACCCUUGAGUCCUGAGAGCAGGUGCACAGCUGUCUCCCUCCCCCUAGUAUGACCAGCUAGGGCGCUGCCAUCCUCUGGGUUAGACAAGGAAGUAUUCAGGAUUUCACUGUUCAUCCCUUGCAGAGAGGUGGGGGGAAGAAGAGAGGCCGAAAAAAAAAAAAAUCCCACAUUGUCAGAGUAAUGCCAAACUCUGUGUGAGUGGGAUGAGCAGAGCAGAUGCUGCAGAGAGAUGCCAAAGCGGCUCCCCUUCCUCUGUGCCUUGGGUUCCUAUAAAUUGCUCCGGCGCGCGUUUGUCAGCCUCCUCUUCUCCUGGCAGGUGGUACCCAGGCAGAAUUCUGCGUUCAGCCUCUCUCGUUCAGCUUUCGGCAGUGAGGCUUUCGCUGCUGCUGGCUAGCUCUUAUCUCCGUCCCUGAGCUUCUCUGAGGCGCGGAUCCUGCAAGUCGCCGCUGCUCCGCGCAUCUCGGGGGCCGCCCGACCCGAGCUUCCGCAGCCCUCUGGGGCUUUGGGGGUGCGCUUCUAUUAGAGUUGUGGUGGCUGCAAAAGAAAAAGAAAGGAAAAAAGGCAAGGGCAGACGAACCCAGCCAGCGAAAGAAAAGAAGCAAGAAGCAGGAAAAAAAAAGGCAACUUCUGACGGAAAGUUGGUGAGAACUGGCGCAGUCUGCAAAAAAGGAAAAAAAAAAAAAAAAGGAAAAGUCGAUCGCCGGCAGCAGCGGCAUAAAAGUGUGAGCUGCUCCAGGAGAGCGCAGCAGGCGGCCGCUGCCUCUGCCCUCCGGGUGGCCGCUCGGGCACCCGCCGCAGCCACAGGUGCGAAGGGGCUGGUAAGAGGCGAGAGGGCGCCCUGAGCACCCCUCCCCCAACCCCCACCCCCAGCUCGGGACUUCAGCUCAAGUCACUUGGCGCCCCAGCUCCCUCCCUAGCCGCAGCCUCAGCGGGGGGGAGCAGGAGCCGGUGAAGAGCGACUGGCGCGCGCCCGCCCCGGGGAGUUGGGGUUCGAAGGGGGAUUGUUUUCGGCUCUGAGGAGGUCCCCGCCCAACCUUCAAAAUUUUGUCCAAAAGCAGACAAGAGGAUCGGCCCGCGUUGAGCCGGCUCGUGGGCAGCAGGAGGCGCCUGAUUGCCGCCGGGGCGCUGGGGGUGGUGAUGGUGCUUCUGCUGGUCAUCCUCAUCCCGGUGCUGGUGAGCUCGGCCGGCACGUCGGCGCACUACGAGAUGCUGGGCACCUGCCGCAUGGUCUGCGACCCCUACGGGGGCACCAAGGCUCCCAGCACCGCCGCCACUCCGGACCGGGGCCUUAUGCAGUCCCUGCCCACUUUCAUCCAGGGUCCCAAAGGCGAGGCCGGCAGGCCGGGGAAGGCAGGCCCGCGUGGGCCCCCGGGAGAGCCUGGACCACCGGGCCCCGUGGGGCCCCCGGGUGAGAAGGGAGAACCGGGCCGCCAAGGCUUGCCCGGUCCUCCUGGGGCGCCCGGCCUGAAUGCGGCCGGGGCUAUCAGUGCGGCCACCUACAGCACGGUGCCCAAGAUCGCCUUCUAUGCUGGCCUCAAACGGCAGCACGAAGGCUACGAGGUGCUCAAGUUCGACGACGUGGUUACCAACCUCGGAAACCACUACGAUCCUACCACGGGCAAGUUCACCUGCUCCAUCCCGGGUAUCUACUUCUUCACCUACCACGUCCUGAUGCGCGGAGGGGAUGGCACCAGCAUGUGGGCUGAUCUCUGCAAAAACAACCAGGUGCGGGCUAGUGCCAUUGCCCAAGAUGCUGAUCAGAAUUACGACUAUGCCAGUAACAGUGUGGUCCUUCACCUGGAACCAGGAGAUGAAGUCUAUAUCAAAUUAGAUGGUGGGAAAGCCCACGGAGGAAACAACAACAAAUACAGCACAUUCUCUGGAUUUAUUAUUUAUGCUGACUGAUAAUGCAGAGACUGAGCUUGCUGUUCUGAGUUUGAAGGCUGGAUUCGUAUGGCUAACGUCAGUGAAUCAAGGAUCCCAGAGGAUGCCCAUUGCAGGGCAUCUUGGUUGUGUAAAUGUGGGGAGAUCAAAUGCUACCUGACUCACAUCUGUAUCACUCAGACACAUUAUGUAAAAAAGUAUUUAAUGCAAGAUAAGCAGAUGUGUGAUCCACUACCGCCAAAGCAAACACUCCUUAUUGUUAGUGUCCAUGUGAAUGAAGUCCUAUAUAGACCACAAAUUUUUAUAGAAAAAUCUAAGACACUGAAUUAUUUCUUCGAUAUCUAUGAUACUUUGGUGUACUGUGAUCUUGCUGCUUUAUCCACGUGUCAGCUUUGGUUCUUGUGAGUUUACCUGCUUAUUAAGGUACUUGGAGUCUAUCUGUAGUGUAGGGAGGAGUCAAUUUUCCCUGCAGGAGAAGGUCUAAUUGAAGUAAUGCUGCUUGUCCCCAAAGAUAUUGUUUGCCUUGUACUCUGAUUAUCUCUAGAGCUAGACCUGGGAAUGAUUCAACUUGAAGCCUUAACCUGGAAUUUUCUGGAUUUGUGGGAAUUCCCAAGCCUGUGAUCAUUUUCACAUUUUUUUCUUUUCAUGUGAUUUUUUUUUCUUCUUUUCUCUCCCUUUUCUGGUGAUAGUCCUUAAAAAAAAAUAGAGAUUGAAAUUGUAUCAUAGGAUUACCCUCUAAGUGUGAAAAUGUACAAUUAUGUAAGGUAUUUAGAAAAAAAUUCCGUGUGUCCAUUUCAUCAAUAGAACACAUUUAGAAUCUC